AUGGCCGAGAAUCUGACAUCGUACAGCACAAAAGGCCUUCCGGCUGCGCCGGCCGUCUCCCGGCACACCAUUCCCAUGGCCGGCCUCCUCGUCGACGUCUACGGCCUCGACGAGCUCCCCGCGGACCGCUCCGCGCUUCCGACCACCUGCCUGUGGCUGCUGCACCCGCGCACGCGCGACCGUAGCCAGAUGGCCGAUAUUGCCGCGCGUGCCGUCGCGGCCUGGCACGCCGACACCGCCAGCUCCCCGCGCGGCCGCCAACUAAUCGCCCUCGCCUUUGACAUGCCCAACCACGGCACGCGGCUCGUCAGCGCGACGGCCAACGAGGCGUGGGACCGGGGCAACGCGACGCACGCCGUCGACAUGCUGGGCAUGGUCAAGGGCGCGGUCGCGGACAUGGCUGGGCUCAUGGACCUGGUCGAGGCGUAUCUCGGCGUGAGGGCCGACGCGCACGCCUGUCUGGGAUGGAGCCUCGGUGGGCACAGCGCGUGGCAGGCGUGGAUGGGCGAGGACAGAAUCGACGCAGCGGUGGUUAUUGUGGGAUGCCCCGACUUUAUCAACCUCAUGAGCAGCCGGGCCGCCACCGGCAACCUCGUCGCCAAGGGGAGCAGCUUCCUCGGCAGCCGCCACUUCCCCGCGAGCCUCGUCCGGACAUGCGCCGCGCACGACCCCAAGGCCAUGCUGUUCGGGACGGAGCCCGUGCCGGGCCUGCCGCUGGGUGACGCCGACAGGGACCGCGUGCGCCAGGUGCUGGACCGGCACCGCGUCGUGGGGAAGCGCCUGCUGCUGUGCUCCGGCGGCCGCGACAAGCUCGUGCCGUACGCGGUGGGCCAGUCGACCGUGGACGUGUUGAAGAAUGCGAGCGAGAGCUGGUAUCCGGGGAUCAGCGUGGACAGCAGAGUGUACAAGGAUGUCGGGCACGCGUUUGGAAAGGACAUGGUGACGGACGCGGUGGCGUUUUUGGUCGAUGCGGUGGCGCGAGGACCGCGGGAAAAGGAGAGCAGGGCCAAGAUGUAA